AUGGCACAGCCUACGCGAAACUACAUGAGAUUAUACGUCAAUGGAGGUGAGUGGCUUACAAUGUUGUUUAAGUAGUAUUGGGGGUCAGAUGUUUGAUUGUGGUAUUGUUUUUGUAGGACAUUUAAUUAAAAGUUAGAGCUUACAUACGCAAAUUACAAUGUUUCUACCAUUUUCCCUUGCCCUACCCUACCCUACUUUACCCUACCCUACCCUACCCUACUUUACGCUACCCUACCCUACCCUACCCUACCCUACCCUACCCUACCCUACCCUACCCUACCCUACCCUACUACGAUUUCUCCGCCUGUCUUAACUUAAUCUUCACCUACCCUUCUUUUCUUUUACUCUGCCUUUGUCCUGCUUUGCCAUAUGCUUGACCCGUCUUAAGCUCUAUAUCAUAAAUACAAUUUCGUGUUUAAAAGAAAAAAAACCAAAGCAGCUUCGAACUGUCUCAUGUUUAACAUAAGUGAUUUGCAUAAAUCCGUAGAUACAACCAUGUUUUGGCGCAUGAUGUCAGUACAUGAUCGUAUUUUACAAAAAACACAAAAACAAAUACGUAACACGGUUUUACAAAUCCUCAAGAAAACACUAUAGUUUUACAAUGUCACAGCUCAUUUGCAUAAUCUUUGUAAUUUUGGUAAUUACUGUUCAGUGACUUGUUUUACAUUACUUUGGUUGUUUUAAAUUGGUUAUUUUACAUUACCAGCUCUUGUAAAUUGGAUAUUUUACAUUACUUUACGUUCGCUAUUGUAAAUUAGUUAACUUACAUUAGUUUUUGUGACUUACUGGUUUUUGGUGUGAGUUUUAAUAACUAAUAUGUAAUGAAAACAGUGAAUAUUAGCAGAGUAAACAGUAAAAACACAAAAUGGUAAAUUAACAGCAGUUCGUAUUUGAUUCAGAAUUGAUUAAUUUUAAUUUUAAAAUGCUUAUAUUACAAAAAAUAUUGAAAAGAAGUUAUUGCGGUUUUCAAACAAGAUAGAGCUAAAGCAAGCAAAGCUAGAAUUCAGUAAAACUAGGAUUAGGGCAGAGUAAGGGAGACUACGAAGGAGUUAGUAGAGUAGGGUAUGGUAGGUUAGGUUAGGGUAGGGCAGGGUAGGGUAGGGUAAACAUGAUUUUUGCUAUUUUUUGCUCCCCCCCCUCUUACCUUGAGCUCAACAUAUACUCUCAUUCUAUCUUUUUUCAUUGUAUAUGCUCUAAAAAAGUACAAUAAGUCACAUUUUGAACUAUAAUCUAUCAAUUUUUUGUUUUACAAUAAAAUUACAGUAAAAAACGUGAAAAUGUUCAAAAUUAAUUUUUUUAUCAAAUUAGGUCAUAAAAACGGUAAAUAACUUUUGUUUUUACGUAAUCUGGUUAGCUACAUACUAAUACUAUUUUAAUCAAAUAAUGUAAAAGAUCAAAAUAAAAUGACAUUUCUUGAAUUUAAAAAUUUUUUGAAAUAAAUUUGACUUUUUGAAGUGGUUGUGCUAUUUUUGACUAAGUACUUUGAUUAUUAUUUUAAAAUUUAUAUCUAAUUUACUAUGUAAAUCUUUUGAUGGCAUCAUCGUGCCUGGUAUUGGUCAUAACUUGUUUACUUUACAAUUUUAUGAUAAAAAAAUUUUAAAAAUGAUAAAUUUUUUAAUAAAAUUUAAAAAAAUAUAAAAUUUUUAAAAAAUUUAUAAAAAAAAUUAUUUUCAAAUUGAAAAUUUUUUUUAUUUCAUAUUAAAAUUUUAAAAAGUUUUAUAAAAAUGCAGUUUGAUGAUAUUUACUGCCAAACUCCCAAUUAUUAACUGCCGACAUAAAGAACCCGCUAUACUUUUUCCGUAAUUUCCUGCAAAAAAUGGCGGGUUCUUUAUGUCGGCACCUAAUAGAUGACUCAUUACCAUAGCCUAUCAUGCACUUUGCUAGCAAAAGCAAAAACAAAGAGUGAUAUCAGUGUUAAACUGUACCUGCCUAUCAAUUUCGUUCUUUUUUCUUCUUUUUGCCCGAGGCGUUUAAUCAUUUGCCGAGCCUAAAAUAACAUCAAACCAUUAAUUUGGGUUAAAAAAAGAAAUUUUGGGAAUGUUUUAUGGACAAUGAAAUAGAAAUGUCAUUGUUUUUGGAUUACAAUGAAUUGAAAAGAUAUAAAAGUAGUAAUGACAAUGUAUAACAUAAUAUAGACAUUAAAGAACGAUGUUAACGUAGGGGUGACAUUGUUGAAGUGGUUCACUAAAUUUGUCAUUUAGUCCGGGGACUUUUGGCGCACCCUGUAUAAGCGAAUUAUUGAAUUUUGAAUUUAUUUUUAGGCUUAUGAGCAUUUUUAGGCUUAUUUUAGGCUUGUAAGACAUUUUUGAUUUUUAUAGUACUAUAUAUCUUAUAGUGCUGAAUGGUACUAUUUUUUCGUAUUAUUAGAUUGACCCAAGAGUAGCGGGACACUUUUCAAUCAUUUGUCAACUGAAGUGUGCCGCUACUUUUGAUUCAACCCUAGAACUACAGUGGAACUCCUGUAUAAAGAAUCGCUCGGGGACCUGAAAUUUGUUCGGUAUAAAGGAGUUUCGUUAUACAGGAGUUUUAAAUGCACUGUGCAGUGGUAAACGGGAAUUUGAAAGUUGUUCAUUAUACGGGAGUUUCGUUAUAGAGGAGUUCGUUAUACAGGAGUUCCACUGUAUCAGAUACUAUAAGGUAGUGCUAUAUAGCAUCAAAAAUAUGGUACCAUGUUAUAGCAUCAAAAGUACAGUACUGUAAAAUUAUAUUAGGUGCCGACAUAAAGAACCCUCAAUUUUUUACAGGAAAUUACAGGGAAUGUAUGGCGGGUUCUUUAUGUCGGCACCUAAUACUAUGUACAAUCUUAUAACGUAGUACUAUAAAGUACGAUCUUAUAUUUAAUAGUACGUACUAUUUGUAUCACCAAACCCGAUCCCACGCUUGUUACUACUAUUUAAAAUUAGAAACUAGGUUACUAAAGAACAUCCUUUAACAAAAAGUUGCUUAAUUAGUCAUUAAAGUCCUUAUCUCAAUAAGUACAUUAAUUUGAAAUGCUAUUCAGUACCUCAAUUGUCACUCGGAACUAUUAAUCAUCGAAGAGAGUACUUGCAUUUUUAAAGACAAUUGGAAAGGUUUCAAAAGUUCUGGGAAUAUAGACUACAUUUUAGGCUUAAUAUAGGUGCAUUUGGCCGUUUAGGCUUAUAUUAGGCUUAUUUGGACUUUUAGGCUUAUUUCAAGUUUAUUUACUUUUUAGGUCUGUUUAGGCUUAAGAAGCUUUUAGAUUUCUAUUAGGCUUGUCUUAUUGUUUUCGGCUUAUUUUAGGCUUGUUUGGUCUUCUAUGUUUGAUGUAGGUUGACUUGCUUGCUUUUUAGGCUUAGUUUAGGCUUAUGCGGUGUUUUGAAUUUCUUGUAGGCUUAUAUUAUCUUUUAGGCUUAUUACAAGCUUACAAUUCCUUUUAGGCUUGAUUAUGUCAUAUGUUAGGCUUAUUUUUUGCUUUUUCCAUUUAUUAAUCUUCGUUUAGGCUUAAGGCUUAUAUUAUCAUAAUUUUUUGGAAAAUAUUCUGAAAAAACAAAAAAUUUUUAAAUCAAAAUUUUUUUACAAAGGAUGAUUUCUAUACUAAUUACCAUCAUUUUCAGCCCCAACAGACUACCUUGGCCCACAGCUCGGUUCGUUGGAAGCGAAUUCUCUUUUCCAAUCAGCUGAAGACGAUCAACUUCCAAUCGUGGUGAUUCCCUCAAGGAAUCGACGGGACCUUUUUGAGCCUUCUGACGAUACAGUAAUACGGAAACGGUCACCUGACCAUUUGGCACGGUUUUCGAGGAAUCUACCGGAACAGGAGCAAAUGUACCAGAUUCAGAACGUCGGCGAUCUACCAAUGUUCCGGUUCGGUUGA